GUGAAAAUGAUUGUGGAUAACUGUACCAAAGGAGGAACUGUAUAGACGUAGUUGUAUACAUAAGUCGAAAUUGCUCCUGUGCUCCUCUGCUUCCAGUACGACACACAGGAGGGACAGGAUCGCUAGGUCACAGUUUCUGCCGGGGAGCGAGGUCAUAACUCUUCGAAUUUGCAUCCGUACCUUUUCCCCGCUCGAGAACACAGGCGGCGGUGUGAAAGGAUGCGCUCAAAUGGUUCCCGCCUGGCCCGGUAUUCGACACAGGACCCUUUCGUAUGCAAGCCGAGGGCGUUAACCAUUGCGCCGUCAAGUCACCAAGUCGUGUAAUGUGGCUUGCGGCUGAUGAGGUGUGAGGUAGAGGGAUGUGGGCGCUGUAGGUUAUAGGAAGGUGUUUGGCUGGCUGGAACUGAUGCUGGCGGGUACUGAGGUUUUAUUUUGAUUCAUAGAGAUUUUGAUUGGAAGGAAAUGAAGCUAGGAAGUGAGGGAGCGCAGUUGAAGUGUUUGAAGUUGGUGUAGGCUGACGUAGGCUGGUGGGAGAGGUGUUUGACCGGAUCGAAACUAUUGCUGGUGCGUACUGAGGUCUGACAUUUUGAUUGGUAUGGAUUUUGACCGAAAGGGAGAGUAGCUAAAAACGUUUGAAGUUGAUGUAGGGUGAUGUUAGGUAGUGGGAGAGAAGUUUGACCGGUUGGAACUGUUGUUGACGCGUGCAUGUCUUAUAUAUUUUGAUUGACAAGGAUUUUGACUGAGAGGGAGUGUAGCUGAAGACGUUUGAUGGUGAUGUGGGCUGACUGUUGGUAGUAGAAAGGGUGUCUGACCGGAUGAAACUCUUGCUCACGGGUGCUGGGGUGUCAUCUUGAUUCAUAGGAUUUUGUCGGAAAGGGAGUGGGGUUAAAAUCGUUUGAAGUUGAUGUAGACUGACGUUAGGUAGUGGAAAGGUGUUUGAUCGGUUGAAACUGUUGCUGACGGAUGCUGGGGUGUGGCAUUUUGAUUCAUAGGGAUUUUGACGGAAAGGGAGCGUAGCUAAAACCGUUUGAAGUUGAUUUAGGCUGACUUGGUAGUGAUGGAUAUUUAUAACUGCCAUAGACUCUUGGGUGAUGGGAAUGUGUCGGCUGGUUCGGACCGGGUGUGGGAGAUGCUUGUGGUUGGGUGAGAUUGGUCGGUGGGUUUGUUAUUGUGAUGUGUAGGGAUUUCGCCGCGAAGGAAGCGUGACUGAUGUUCUGAACUGACUGAGACUGAAUGUAGGUGGCGAGGAACGUGACUGGAAGGGAGUGUCGCAGGAAGGCAGUGCAGGUGGCGUCUGGCUGUAUCUGUUGUUUUAAGCUUUGUACAUUUUGAUUGUGAGUGCGGGUGACAGUGUCUGAGGUUGAUAGUGAGUGUGUGUUGCGUGGUGUUUGUAGUGGCGAGGAACGUGCCUGGAAGGGAAUGUCGCUGGAAAGGAGUGUCGGUGAUGGGAAGUGUUGUCUGGGUGCUUGCGACUGUGGCUCUGUGUUGCAUAGUCUUGGGAAGUCUUCGUCGCCCCCUCUGGCGUGGCUGCUGCAGGUGGGGCGGGAGAGGCAGCUCCGCCACCUGCAGCAGCGUCCCGCAAAGUUCCCUCAAGGCUAAAAAUAACCCACAGCAUCGCGGGCGCCAAGGUUUGCGGGAGAGGGACGCUGCUCACUGGACGCUCCACAUCUCUUCGUGUAUUGAUCCACACCGCACCGCCUCGCCGCCAUUUGCACUUUCCGCGGCUUUUUCAGGAAAUGCGCCAAGAACGACUGGGAUCGGCGGCAGGAUGUGUAUAUCGGCGGCCCUAUGGGGCGGCGGAGAUAGGGCUUGCAGGUGUAAUAGGUGACGGCAGGGCAGGGCGGGGUGGCGGUGGCGGCCAUGGGGGAGGCCGCUGUGACGGUGGCUUGCCGCGGCGCCCCGCUGCGUGCUGGCCGCCAUGCCCAGGGUGUCGGGGUGUCGAGGGCGAGGCAGGCCCUGCCGUGCUGCCUGGGCCAGGCGGGCACGACGAGGCGAGGCCGACGGAAGGAAGGUCUGACUCUAAGUUAAUUGCGCAUGUUCCUGAUGACGUCAUGGCGAUUAUGAAUGGGUCCGAGAGGGUGUUACCAGGCGGGGCGAGACAGCAGCGGGCUUCCCUCACCUAACAUACUUUAUUUACUUAGCUUAUUCGACGUCAAACACAAUGCAUAUGAUGUAGCCAGAUCCAUGCGGCGAGGCGAAGCGAGGUGUGAGUAGCAUGUGUCCUUAGCGGGGCGGGGGUGGGCGGCGGGUGGUGGCAACACUGGCUGUGACGUGCAAGAUGACAGUUGCUGGAUCAGCUGACGGACGGCGGUGCCGCCUGGCUCAGCGGGAGACGGCCAGUGCAGUAGUCUCUUCCCUCACGGCGGCGUCCCUGCCGUGUCGGUGCAGCGGCCCCCAGCGAGGCAUAACGGCCGUGUGGCGGUGUGUGCGGUGACGGCGGCGACCAGCGGCAGGCCUAGCUGAGCACCGCCCGCCAGAUGCUAAGAUGAGCCGCGCUCCAGGCUAGGCCGCCCACCAUGGCCGCCCGGCGCCCCCUCGCCGCCCUCACUCACAAAGACAUGCCACGGAUAAUGGGUCUCGAUCAUGGAUAGUGAACAACCGCAUCAGGAGCUGGUGAAAUGUGUGGUUGUGGGCGACACGGCAGUGGGCAAGACUCGCCUCAUAUGUGCCCGCGCCUGCAACAAGAAGUUCUCCCUCUCCCAACUGCUCAACACACACGUGCCAACCGUCUUCGCGAUCGACCAGUACAGGAUAUACAAGGAGGUUUUGGAGCGGUCGUGUGUGGUAGUUGACGGUGUGAAUGUCUCCCUCCGCCUCUGGGACACUUUCGGGGACCAUGAUAAGGACCGACGCUUUGCCUAUGGCAGGUCGGAUGUGGUGCUGCUUUGCUUCUCGGUGGCCAACCCAGUCUCUCUCAGAAACUGCCGCGUCAUGUGGUAUCCGGAGAUCCGGAGAUUCUGCCCCAACACGCCAAUCCUUCUGGUGGGUUGCAAGAACGACCUCAGGUACAUCUGCAAGGACGAGGAGUACCUCAGGUACUGCCAGGACCGCUCGCCUCUCGUCAGGCCAGUGCGGGAGUGUGACUUGGUCAUGCCGUGUGAAGGCCGAGCAGUGGCCAGGGAGAUUGGAGUGGAGUACUAUGAAACCUCGGUGCUGACCUACUUUGGAGUGAAUGAGGUUUUCGACAAUGUGAUCAGAGCCGCCCUCAUAUCCCGGAGGCAGCAGCGCUUCUGGAUGACCAACCUCAAGCGUGUCCAGAGACCUACUUUACAGGUGCCUUUCUGCCCGCCCAAGCCCAAGGUGCAGGAGCCGUCUCCGGUGGGGAGCACCCUGCAGGAGGACCUCCACUGCCUCCUCUCCUGUGCCGCCUUCACUGACCUGGUGCUGGUGGCCGGGGGCAGCACCACCUCCGGCGGCACCGUAGUCCAUACUCACCGGUUCUUGGUGGCGGCUGCAUCAACUGCCUUCCACAAGCUGCUCAUGACAGAUCUAUCUGACUGUGCUGCCACGAGACGUAGUUCAGACUCCAGCAUGUUGAGUGGGACUUUCGGAGACACCACCUUGGGGAACUUCAACUCGGACACAGAAUGUCUCCUCGGGAAUGACCACAACCAACCCCGCCCAACAAGAAUACGAGAAGCUGUGAAGCGCAGGUCCAGCAUGCAGACUCUGCCCCAGGAGCAGCGGCCCGGCAUUCAUAGAGAACUCAAUCAUCCAGCCUUCCAAGCCAUUAGUAUAGAGCAGUGGGAUGACAGAGGUAGUGAACAAAGCAGUUGUGAUCGUAGUCCUCGGCAGAGUCCGGCCUGGGUCCCCAUCCAGACUGUGGUCCACCUCAGCAAGCUGGUCACCGGCUCUGCGCUCCGUGUGCUCCUCCACUUCCUUUACACAGGCACAAUAUUUUGUCGAGAGUGCCAGCUGCCUUCCGUUGACCUUAGUGAACUGAAGCAGGCGGCAGAAUUCCUGGAGUUGCCUGAGCUUCUGAUGUACACCUCAAAUCUGAUGAAGAAAGAAGAGUUUCUGAAUAAUGACCUCUCCCAACAGUACUUACAGAUGCUGUCUGGGCGGCUAAAGGAGUUGUGUCUGGAGGGCGGCUUGUUCUCGGAUGUGAUGUUCCAGCUGGAGGAUGGCACAGCAGCUGUUCACCGUCCACUGCUCAUGGCUCGGUGCGACAUGAUGCAUGCCAUGUUCUCCGGGGACUUCAGGGAAAGCAAUGCCAAAGUGAUCACCUUCCCAGGAGUAAAGUUGAGGACCUUCCACAUCCUGCUUCAGUACCUCUACACAGACUCUGUACCCACCCUCAAGAUCCGGGAGUGUCUGCCGGUGGUGGAGCUUGGCAACCGCCUCUGUCUGCCGCGCCUCAUCUCUCUGGUGGAAAUAGAGAUCAUUGACCUGUUCCAGCGAGUGAUCCAAGCAGGCGGGGAUGUCAGUGAGGACUGCAUCUACUUGCUGGAGCCCCUUCAGAUGCACAAUGCAGACCAACUGGUGGAGUGGUGCCUCACCUGCAUGGCCACCAACUACAACCAUGUGUGUCACAAGCACACCAAACAGCUGCGCGCCCUCCACCCCGAGAACCAGGCCUACCUGAACCGCCACCGCUGGCCGCCAGUCUGGUACCUCAAGGACUAUGACUACUACGAGCGGUGUCUGAUGGAGCGGCAGCGGGAGGAGAACCCCAUCAAGCCCCUGAAGCGGUCCCGCAACACGGCCGGCUGCCUCUGCUUCACCUCCAAGAGCCGCCGGAAUGCCGAGAAACAAAACUAUCGCACAAUGGCGUACAACACGUGUAGCUGGUACUGCUGGCCCUGGAUCGAGAACCUCUUAUGAAGCCACCUGCCACUUCACCUUCGCCGGCCAUCCAUCUGCUGAACCGUCGUCCUCCUCACCGCGUCACCUCACCGUCAUCAUCGCCUCAGCCAGUAGUCUUGACAUACAAGUUAUUCUUUUUUUAGUGAGAUCAUUCAUCGUCAACUGUCACCUCUCGUUUGUGAUCAUUAGGUUGUAGCAGCCACAUGUCAUUCACGUCGGUACAGCCGCUCAUCAUCGGGGGCAGCGGUGUGCUGCCCCACGCCGCGGCGGAGGUGGCGCCGGCGGCCUGGGGAGGCCAGGUCACAGCGUGCCGGGCCUCACCUCGUCUUUCACUGCAUGGCGACAUACGAGUAUGCAUGGCAGGGCUGUACAAACGCGCACAUGAGCGCACAUACGCUGUUAUUUUAUUGUAGUGCUACAAGCUGCGACAUUAAUCGAAUUUCAGACCAUAGUCAGAAUUUGUACAAAACUAGCACUCUACCCAAAUGUUCUAAUUCAGCAUGUGAAAUCGCAAGUGUACUCUCGUUUCCUUCAACAUUUGCAACCAUAAGAAUCGGGUAAAAUUUCACCCGUGGCCCCCCGCCCUGCCUCCCCAGCCCCCGGGCCGCGCCCCGCCACCACCAUGAGUAUCCGUCUGCAGCAUCACUCGUUACGGCCUUGAUGUUCUGCUGUUGGAGAUUUUCCCUUCUCCAUUAAGAACAAACUUGGUAUUGUGUAGUAAGUAAAUGUACAUAGUUUGUGUAAAUCUUACAGUUGUAUCAUUUUUAUUUUUAUGAGGAAAACUCACUUUUGGAAUAAGUAGGAGAGUAACUACAGUAGCUCUCGAGCUCGCUGCUCAGCAGCCUCGAGUUUAGACGGUCGCCUGAAGCUGCCAUGCAUGUUCGCCUCAAGAAGACUCAUCUGGCCAAGAAAUACUGAACAGUAACCCUCACAUCAGGUAUUCCAGUCUGCAUUGAGGGUUUGUGACAGCUGCAGCCACUCGUCUUGUCGCAAGUCUUACACUGUGAUGACCAAGACGAAGAACAAGACUCUUUCGUAUCUCUUGUCCCGCUUGUCCGCCAACUUCCAAGUUGGCUUCCUUAUCAGUAAUUCUCUUCUAUGCUCACCCACCGUGGUACUGGAGAAGCUUUAGUUUUAGUAAGAAUACUACGAAAAGGAAAAAAAAGAUUAUUUUCUAUUGUUCGUUCAUGUGUUAUGUGCUGAAAAUAAUGUAAGAUGUCUGGUUGAGUGUCAGGGAAAAGGUUAAUUCGGCAGGGCAGUCGAGCGACCGGGCGUCGUGCCACAUGCUGGCAAGGCUCCGAAUGAAGCUGCUGGUGGUCAAGGAGUCUCAAGGGCUCCCGCCUGAGUCAUCCGUGGACACUCACCGCGGGACCAGCCAGACGCCACACCCACCUGUCGCCGGACACCGGGGCAGCGCUCCACCUGCCGUAAAGUAAGCAAUGUCCUCAGCUAUCAUCUGGUUACAGUGCGAAGUCGCGUCCAUGAGGACACGUACCGAGCACCUUCAGGUAGCCCCUCGGCCCCCCGGACGCAGGCAAUACACACGUGUGUUCAGGUAUCACCGCUGGACCGGCCACCUCGAUCUGCCUGCCGAGGAAGGACCGUCGCGUCUGCCUCAUACUGUGAUGUUAACUAUCGGUGUAUUACAUCGCUUCAUACUUAUGUAUUCAGUUGCAACUUUAUCAGUGGAUUACACUUAUUUGUUUUCGUUAGUGCUCAGGCACGUCCCACCCUUACAAAUGUAAUGUGGAAGAUGUUGCACAAGAAGUGGCCUGUUGUGCACUGUUUCAUGAUCUCGUACCUCACACACUGUUGCCGCACCACAACACAUCCACACCGAAGCCAUAUCCCGUGUGACUCUACAUACCGAUGUACCGGGGCUCAAAAUUAGCAGUAGCUUCUCAUGCCAUCACGAUGAUUUCUAGGUUCCAUUGGCUGUGCACUCACGCUGUGUGUGAUCCUAACCUCCACUCCUCAUCAGUAACAAUAAAAGGUAGCGCAAUGUUA